AUGGAGGCGAUUCCUGGGUCUGAGGAUGAGUUUUUGCCGAUCGGUCUUGCGGUCGUGGCGGUCGGGUACGAUGACUCCAAGGGCCACUUUAUAGUCCAACGUUCAUGGGGUGCUAGGUGGCGCGAUGAUGUCAGGAUCCCUUAUGACUACCUUCUCCAGGAGCACGAGUGCAACGACUUUUGGACUAUCCGUAUCUUGACUUAA